CAGACAGCGGGCAGGGACGCGCCUGCGUAGAGCAGGGCAGUGCCCAGGAGGAGCCAGGGUUGCAGGAGCUGCUGCCUGGAGCCCAGUUUGUCCAUGUCCUCCUUGAAGUGCCGGGCACAUAAAACAGGGGCGGGAGCGAUGGUCGCAGCUUCCAGAAGGUUUCAGGGGAGCAGAGAGCCCCGGCUGGUGCCCGUGGCCCCUCCAAGGAGCCUCUGGAUGCCACCCGGUGAAACUGCCCGGAGACAUGCAUGGCCCCCGGCGCUCGCCCCUUUCGGAUGCUUCCGGCCCGGCUGCUCCCCCUGCUUCGUACCCCUCUGCGGCUGCUCCCCCGCCUGGCCUCUUCCACCCCCAUGGCUGGGGAGAAGCCAGUGGAGGUGUCCAUCCGCUCCAAGCUGCAGCGGGAGCUGGAGCCAAGCCAGCUGGAGGUGCAUAAUGAGAGCCAUCAGCACGCUGUGCCCCCUGGCGCCGAGACUCACUUCAAGGUGGUGAUCGCCAGCUCCCGCUUCGCCGGCCUGCCCCUGCUGCAGCGCCACCGGCUAGUGAACGAGAUCCUGCAAGCUGAGCUGGCUGGCCCCGUCCAUGCCCUCUCCAUCCAUGCCAAGACCCCGGAGCAGUGGGACCAGAACGCCAGCGUGAGCCGCAGCCCUGCCUGCCUCGGUGGCUCCAAGCACGACCCGCACAUGGCUGAGAAGCUGGGAAGCCAGGGAUAGCCUGAGGGGGCAGCAUCAGUGGGGAACUGGCGGGUUGGUAACUGGAUUAUAGGCAUUGCACUCCUA